GUGAAACUAUAAAGCAUGAUAUAAGGAAAAAGAAAGAAACUCAUUAAGAAAAAUACUAUUAAUAAAGAUUAAAUCACAUAUUUGAACAGAAAUAUCGGUAAAGGAAUAAAACAGCUUACUAGGAGUUAACGUUUUUCACUUGAGAAAAUCCCACAAUAUCAUAACAAUACUUCCUACAUCUCAGCAUGAACCACAUUUUUCUUCUAACGUCACUUUUUUUUCUUUCUUCUAUAGCUUUUGACUUGAUCUUCAGUAUUGAAGAAUUGAUUUUCUCUUCCUAUUCUCUGUUUUUCUCCAUGGUUACAUAACUACGUGAGCCGCCAGCUUCUGUUCCUUGGACCACAAGUUACAUUCACAAUCUCUCGAUUUAACAGAAAGGCUACCACAAAAAUGUCAGAUAGAUACUCGAAGAACACAAUGACCCGGUAAGACUCUUAUAAUUAAGUCUCUUUGUUUCAGGUUAGUUUUACAAUCAACUCUAGAAAUAUUAUUAGCCCUAAUGUUAAUCGUCUGUAGAAACUCGAAGCCACCAGAUCUUGAACUCUACGUGAAAGGAGUCCCAUUUCAUCUUCACAGUGAAACUUUGGCUAAAAAGUCUGCCAAAGUGACAACACUACUCGAGUGUAACAAGAUCGAUGAACUGCGGUGGAUCCUCAAAGACAUUGACGUGGAACCGACAACCUUCUUCCUCGUGGUUAGCUUCUACUAUGGCUACAAGAUCCAUUUAUCAUCUGAAAACAUCCUCUCUGUUCUCUGCACCGCUUAUUACCUAGAGAUGAACGAUGAUCACAGCUCUAAUAACUUGCUGAACAAGGCAGUAACGUUCUUGGAACAACGAGUUCUUAUGAGCUGGAACGAGACAGUGAAAGCUCUUAGCGUCUGCAGCGACAAGAUUCUUGAAAAUAUCUCUGAUGUUGGACUCACUGAAGUCUUCUUAGACUCUCUUCUCGAAAAGGCUCUCAAAGAUCCUAGUUUACUCGAAGAUCUUACUACGUUACCUCUUAGGUUAUAUGAACCAUUGAUCCAAGAAGCUAGUAAGCACAAUGUCUCGAUAGAAAACCUCGUGGCAUCGGUCUGUAACUACGCGAAAAAAUACGUUUUCGAGAUAGAUUCUGGAGAUGAAAGCGUUUCAAGAAACAAGAGACAAGUUCUUGAAGCUAUCGAGAGGCUUCUGCCUCACCAAAGAGGAACUAUCUCCUGUGGAUUCUUGUUCAAAUCUCUUAAAGAAUCGAUGUUUCUCGAUGCUUCUCCUGACUGUCGAAAAGGGUUUGAAGAUAGGAUAAGCAAACAGCUAGAUAUGGCCGCAUCAAAAGAUCUUAUGAUUCUAUUACCAAACAAAGCAGGAGGAGCAUAUGACACCAACCUCUUGAAAACCAUUCUCAAGAGCUUCUACAGUAACUACAACGUCUCUGACGUUUCAAGGUUUGUGAGUGUAGCAAGAAUGCUUGAAGAGUUCCUAUUUGAGGCUGCAGCGAGUGAUGCUGGUUUAAGUGUAGAAACGUUCAAGGCGUUUGGAGAAAUAACGGUUGCUGCGUCUUGCGAUGUUUUGAGAUACUCUGAUGGAAUCUACAGAGCGGUUGAUGUGUUCUUGGAGAGGCAUAGAGAUGAUCUGACUGAAACUGAGAAGAUGGAAGCUUGUAGAGUUCUUGACUGCAAGAAGCUUUCGCCUGAGGCUUGUGAGCAUGCUUCGAAGAAUGAGAAGCUUCCGCUGAGGAUUGUUGUGCAGGUUUUCUUCUUUGCUCAGAAGCAGAUUCAGGAUAAGGUGGCUAGAGAAAUGGAAAGUGUAGAGGAGAAAGAUGAUGAUGAUGACAUUGAGGAUAUGAAUAAGAAGUUGCUGAGGCUUGACAUUGAAUCUGAUUACAGUGAGAAAAGAGAGAUUGAGAAUCUUGAAUGUGCUGUUCAUUGCGUGAAGGAGAAGAAAGAAGAGAGGAAGAUAAGUGUGUGGAGAGAAGUGAAGAGGAAGUUUGGUUGUAUGACUUCUUUGACUGUGGAUGCUUGCAAUUGUCACAUCAAGAAGAGAAAGAAGACUUAUCAUAACUACAAAUAACAACUUUAUUCUUGUUCUGUUACAAUUUUACUUUUGUUCUGUUUUUUUCUAUGUUUUGGCAAAGUCUCCUGUUUCUGACUUUUGCUCUAUUUAAUUUUCCUCCUAUUUUGGCUGUCUCUAUAUGCUGAAAGCUGGGGGGAACGGGCCGAGCUCGCCAUAUCAGCGGUGUUCGAUCUAGUAAAACCGAACCUACUAAAGCAGAACUAAAGUAAAAGUAGUUUGAAUUGGGUAAAUAUUGUAUAAAUCGAAUGGAUAUUAGUUUUAAGAAACCACAAUAAAUAAAUAUGAUUUGGUAUACAAACCGAAAUCAUAUAAAAACUGAACUAAACUAAAGUAUAUAUGAUAUAGAUAACUUUUAUAAACGUAAAUAACUUUUAUAAACGUAAAUACUGGAAAAACCAUUUUAGGUGGACUAACCACAAUAAAAUCGCUAUUUUCUAGAGAAACGGA